UUCAGAAAUUUUGAUGAUUGCGUUUUGUUUAGUAGUUAUGUUAUGGGAGGCGGUUGAAGAGGAGUCAAUGUUCUCUUUCCUACAGAUGAUUUUCUUGCUGUUCAGUUUCUGAAUCAUUAAAAAUUAUUUACGUUUUAAUGAACACUAAGGAUAAGCUAUGAUAUUUACAUAUUUUUAGAAUUUCAAAUGCUUGAAUGUCAGGUGGUUAUUUCUCUAUCACGAACAAAUUUAUUAUAUAAUGUUGAGGACACUUACGAAUCCUACAAUAAACAUAGAACAAACUAAUCAUAGUUGAAUAUUUUUGCAGUAGGCAACCAACUUUGUGAUUUACUGACUGAAUACUGACUUGAACCUAAUGAUCAAAACCAGCAGUUACCCACUUUUUUUCGGCAGUGGAAGCCUAAAUAAUCAACCUUUUUGCAGAACUCUGAUUUUGUAAAUGAAGUUUAUUAAGAUUUUUUAGGAACUUGCGUCUGUUUCAGAUGUUAAAUUUGAAGAAAAAUUAUAUUAUGAAGUGAAGCAUUUAAAGUAUUAUCAUAAAUUUGUUAAGAAAUUGGAAAAAAGCUCGGAGAAAACCAUUUUUUUUUAAAGUUCCUGUGAAGCAGUUAAUUUCAUGGAAGUUGAUCAAAAUUUCUAUUAUUUCACUUUAAACAAUGAACGCCACUGGGAUAUUAUAUCCCAAUCAGUAUUCAAUGUUGCAUAAUAUUUAUCUAAUUGAAAACAUAAAGUAUAUGUGUAGGUAAAACUGUUAAUAAUUGCUUUUCAAAUCAAAUUUCAAAAUUAGUCGCAAUAACAUGGCAGAGAAACCAAGCAAGCCCUCAAAUGUUUGGGGGAAACCUGUGCCAAUGAAAUUGUUUGCUGCCUGGGAAGUUGAUCGCACCCCACCUAACUGUAUUCCCAGACUGUGUACUUUAAAUUUGACACGGCUUGUACUUUUAAAGCCUGUUGUUGGUGAAAUGAACUCUGUCACUAUAGCAGUAAAAAUGCAAAGCUCUAAACGAAUUUUGCGCUCUAAUGAAAUUUUAGCUCUGAAUAAUGGCCUUAUUGAUACUGAGCUAGAUUUAACAUUUUCUUUGCAAUAUCCACAUUUUUUAAAGCGUUGUGGAAAUAAUCUUCAAAUAAUGCUUCAACGAAGGAAACGGUAUAAGAAUCGAGCAAUUCUAGGCUUUAAAACUCUUGCUUGUGGGAUUAUUAACAUGGCUGAAGUUCUUCAAAGGCCUAUGGAUAAAGAAUUAGAAUUGCACUCAAACAAUAAAGAAAAAAGUGAAGUUAUUGCAAAAGUAUUAAUGUAUGCAAUUUCUAGUCAGCCAGUCGAUCAUGAAGAAAUAGAUAGGCAAAAGUCAUUACGAGGGAUGGAAAGAACUGUUGAAGUUGAUAAUUUUUCAGAUGAAGAAGAAGAAUAUACAUCGAAUGAAGAUGGUUGUGACAGUGAACCUGUUGUUGAAGAUUCUGGAGCUGCAGUAGAUUCAUUAAACCAUUCUCAUUUGCGAAAAUCGAUGAAUCCUAAACUUUUCCAGAAUGUAGAUCGUCCUGAUCCUGCAGAAAGAAAUAUAAAGCAGAAAAUCAUUGCCUUACUUAAAAAAUUCAGAAUACCUGAAGCUGAGGUAUCUGAUUCUGAACAAUAUCAAGAAGAGCUUGAACAAGAGCUUAUUUCUCAGAAUCCACAAGAAUUUGAAGAUCUCAUUGAUGAACUAGAAAGUAUGAGUGAUAGUGGUCCCGAUGUUGAUGACAUCAGUAUUUCUUCUACACCAAAACCUAGUUUACGGCCAUUUUUUUCAUCAGGAACUUUGACUGCUAUUGAUAAAAACAACAUGCCUAUGAUUAGUGACGAUAGCUCUAAGAAAACUGAUGAUAAUCAUGAAUCGGGCACUGAUCAAGAAAAUACUGAUACUAGUCAAACUGCAAGUCCACCAAAGUCAUUAACAAUGGAAGAAAAAAAAACUUUUUCUCCUUCAGGCUUAGAAAAAGAUAAGAAGGCUAAAUUAUUUGCAAGAGAAAAAAGCUCAUCCAAAGAUAAACGAACAUCAAAUGCGAAAGAAGGCCGUGAAAAAUUGACUUAUGAAAAAUCUGCAUCGAAAGAUUCAGAAUGCAGUCCUCAGAAAACUGUCCUUGAACAAUUAGCUAAAAUAUUUCCUACUGAUGAUUCAAUUCCUGAUCAUGUAAUUGUUGUUAAUGCAAUUGACGUUGUUGGUAACUGUUUGGCUGUUCAAUUAAUUGAUAGAAAUGAAAAUGUCAUUACUAUCUUAUCAAAUUCUGAUUUACGAGCUUCAUUUUCUUGCUUAAUGAACAAGAUCCAGAAGUUUUGUAAUUGUAAUUCACGAGCACCACAAACAAUAAAAAUUGGUAUUUUGGGACAUGAUAGUUUUUUUAGUUCUGUUUUACGCUUGUAUGUUGAACAUUUUUCUACGAAACCAUCAGAAUGGCAAGCUUAUGUAAAAUUUUGCCUUAUUCCUUUAUCAUCAAGCACAGUGUCAAAAUCAUUAAGUAGUAUUGAUAAUGCAUAUUCUAAUGUGUUUAUGGAUUCUUCUUGGAAAGAUCUGUUGGAUCAUUGUAGUGAAACUUCUUCGACACCUGAAAUUGAAUUAACUGUUAAUCGAAUCAUGCAUUUUAUCAACAAUGCCUCUUAUUUGUGGCAAAUGGCAAUAGCUGAAGCUAUGGUCACUUAUAAAGAAAAAAGUUCUGACGAAGAAUCAUCUCAAGUUUUUAUUCCCUUUGUCACUGAUGUUAAAAUUGGUAUAAUGGAAAGUGUGACCCAAACUACAUCUGUUGAUUCUGAAGAAUUAACUGCAAAUUUAACAGUCCCAGGCAAUUCUCCACCAUGUACAAUAACUGAAAAAGGACCGCGAGAAAGUACAACUCCUCCAAGUUCUCCAAGUAUUUCAAGUGCAUUUUUAGGAAAUACUUCUGGAUCUGCUGUGAUGUCUGCAUUUGGAGAAACAAUGGAUCUUCAACUUGAUUAUUGGAUUAUGCCACAAAAAGGGGAGGCAAAUAAAAAAACAGAAUCUUCAAAAUUGAGCUUGAAAACCACCUUUCGAAAUUUGCAUGUAUCACGUACUAGUAGCCCUGUUGAACCUGGAUCAUCAUCUCUUACUCUUACCUAUGUUACCAAAGAAAAGAAACAGAAGAUUAUGAGGCUUGGUAAGAAAAAGGAAAAAGAAAAAGAGCUAGACAACCGUUAUCAGCAAGUGGAAGGUAUUCAUAGGCUUAUAUGCUCUUGCCGGACCUUACAAACACCUCUCAAAGUAACUAUAGAUGGAGUUGAAUGGAGUGGUGUGAAAUUUUUUCAGCUCACUUCUCAGUGGCAGACACACAUUAAGUACUUUCCCGUUGCAUUAUAUUCUAUGAUAGAGCAUCCAUGUUAAAUAGCUUUAUGUUACUGCUUUUAGUGCCAAGUGCAAAGAAAAAAAAAAUAGAGACUUGCUAAAUCUAUGUCAAUAUUUGCUUUUAUCCCUGGAUUCAAAAUGUCUUCGUUUUCUUACUCUUUAGGUAGCAAAUAAUUUCUGUUAUUUCUCUGAUGAACAAUUAUAUGUAGCUGAAUAGAGUUUGAUGUUUGAACUUUUAUGGGAAGUUUGCAAAAAUAUUUUGUUAUUGCUUUAGAGUCUGAAGUGUUUCUUACUGUUUAUGUAGUAGUAGUCCUGGUGUUUUAAAUUUGCUGAUGUCUGUGAUAGAUUGCUGUUUCGAUGGCUGUAUUUCUUAAAAAUAUGACUAAUAUUUAAGUAUCACAAAAUUUUUGAAGUUUGCUUAUAAAAUAAUUUUACUAUUUUUAUAAUCCUCAUAAACACAUUUUAUGCUGUUACACCCACUUUUAUUUUUUGAUGUUUGUACAUUUUCUGUUAGUUUUAUAUGAGAUUCAAGGCAAGGUGCAAGACUGAAGUGUGUAUUAUCUAACUUUAUUUUGUGGGUGUUAAACAUUAUUUCAAAAUUUAUGUAUCUUGCAACUUUGUUUGCGAGGUAUUUUUUUUCUUUCUUUUUUAUCUUCAACAUACUAUAUUAUAAAUUGCACAAUAUAUCCUUUAUAUACAUAUGUUAACUGUAUAAGCUUAAUUUAGUUUGAAAUACCAAAAAUAUGUAUUUCAAUUAUAGAAUAGCAAAUACUUUGCAUGCCAAGUCAAAUUAAUACCUGAUUGCAUAGUGUCAUGUAUAAAAUUAACUGCAAUUAAUUGUAAUAUGAUACUAAUUUCUUUAAAAAACUUUGUCAUAUUGGGUAUUAUAUUUGUCACUAUCCAUGAAAUAAACUGAUGCAAUAACUCACAAAUAUCUAUCACUUUUUCAUAUAUUUACAUUAGUUUUAAAAGUGUGAGGUGCCACAAAAUCUAAUAACUUAAUAUCCAUCAGCAAUUAGGGAGAUUAUCAAAAUAUUUAUUGAUGUUGAAAUAUAUUUGUUCAUGUAUGUGUUAAUAGAUUUGUUGUUAAUAUACUCACUUGAUGUGCUUCAUGUAAUGAUCUUUAUAUAGCAAUUCUUUUUAUUCAACACAGCAAUUUCAAAGUUGAGCAUGUAUUUGUAUUAGUUUGAAAAUGUGCAUGAACAUUGUUUUGUACCUAAGUGUGAAAUUAUCAAACAGUAUUCAAAAAUAAGUAAGGUAUGGAAACUUGAUAUAAUUUUUAGGAUAAAAUUCAGGACUAUUAACAUCUUUUUAACAACAUAUGAGAAAAACUUAAGAGAAAAAGUAAAACUUAAGAAAACCAGGAUUUCUGAAGCUUUAGAACAUUGAAAAUUGUGUUUUAACUAGAAAAGAUUUUUUAUACUGCAUCUGUGAAAUAUUAAAUAAAACCCACUGAAAUAUUUCUUGGAGUUUUAUGUUAUCUCAUCUUCUUCCCUAACAAGUAUUAAAGUCCUUGAAAAGAUCUCUUUUGAAAAAGCUUAAAGGAUGGUGGUAAUUCAUUACAUAUUGCUCUGUAAAUUUGUAUUCAACUGUCAUCUAUAAAGAGUAAUAUUAGACUUAAACAAUAAGAAUCAGUCAAUAGCUUAUUCUGCAUACAAAAUGUUUUCAGGUACUUCAAAAAAGCUUAUUUUAUAUUGUAACAUAAUGAAUUAAGUACCUUUAUAAAUUUGUUUUCAAAUUAAAAUAUAAUGAAAUUAUUUUGUACUUCUCUUAUUUUAUUGAAGAAAAAUUGAGCCUGUGCAUAAGUGUUUAAUAAUUUUCAUAUAAUUUCUGCUGUUUUGGAUGUUAGGUGCAGGAUUUUUUUCUUUCUACUUAGCAUUAUUUUUUCUUAUUAAUUUUUUUCCCAUAUGAAUACAAACAUGCUUUUAUAGGGACAAAAUUACUGAAUGCAUGAAUUAGGCUAGAAAUUAUACUUUUGCUAUUUAAACAUUACUGAUUUUCUUUGUGUUUAUCAAAUUUGAUGAGACAUAAAAAUAUAUUUGGUCAAAUUUUUUUAUAAAAUGUUCAAUAUCUCUGUUGGUUAUGUAGUUUCGUUAUUUUAAUUAUUUUCAAAUUUUUUAAUAUUUUGAAUAACUUUUAAGCUAUUGAGAUGAAAAUCCUCUGGUCAAAUUACACAUUUAUGGAAAUCGUGAUGUUGAAAAUAUAUUUUUAAAAAUUUUUCGGUUAAUAGUUUACAUUUCCACUACUUUUUUGAUAAUUUCCUUUGUUUUGAUAGAAAUUCAAUUUGUGUUCAGAUAAUUUUUGAAACUUGUUGCUUAUUUUACAAAAAAAAUUUAUUUUAAAAGAUUUAAUGUUUUUUUGGAAAUUUAUGGAAUUUUUUUUCUUGAUUUUUUUGUUCUUUUUGUUAACAUAACUGUAAUUUUUUUAAAAAUCUUUUUGAGCUACCAUUUUAAUUCUUUCAUGUAUAAAUAUUGCCUUAUAAUUCAUAGGCUAUUUAACAUGUUCUUUUGCCAAAUUGCAUGAUUUCUGUGUGACAAAAUUCUUCCUUACAGUUUGAGUUUAUAAGAUAAGUCAAAUGGAAGUAAGAUUCAUAUUAUCCAAUUAUUUUUGCAGAAAAUAAAUUUUCUCAUGACUAUUACAUAUUCUUUAUUAAUAUAUUUAACAAUUUUAAUAAAAGCUAAAAUAAGAAAAUUUAACUUUGAUUUUAUUUUUAUGGAUUACUCCUCUUUAAUGAAAAAUAUGGUGUACCCACCUGCUCUUGGCUGGCAUUGAACAUGUUAACAUUAGAUCAGUAGAUUUACAGUAUAUCCAUAGUACAGUAGAUAUAUUUUUAUAGUAGUUGAAUAUAAAAUGUGCAGUUCUAUGUUUUAGACAAAUAAUAUCAUUGGCAAUAUACCAAAACCACGAUUCUUCCAAUGUUCACUUAUUUUUUUGUUUUGUUUGUCUCUUGGUCAACUACACUAUGCCAAAGAGCCUAAUGUGGAUGUCACACCUAAGUAACCUAGAAUAGUAUAUGAUUUUACUUAUCGUAUAUGGAAUAGUAAACCUUUAUCUCAAUACUUUUUACUGCAUUUGUGGUUUUGGCACAAUGCUGAAGAUAUGCUUGUUUAAGCUAUUUUUUAAGAAGUUAUCCCUUAAGUCUUGCCCUUUACAUUCCUGAGUGCUUUGGAAUAGUUUCCAGAUAUUUUUUAUCUGUAAAUCAAUGACUUAUAAAUUUCUUAGGUAAGCUUAAUUGGGUUAUAAAAAUGAUCAAAUAAGAAUCUCAUAGUUUUCCUGUAAUUCUAAUAUUUCUUCGUUAAAAGGUUUACAAAUGAGUGUUUAAAAUAUUCGAUUUGUUUUUCGCCUUUAAAUUUACUUCUGCAAUUUUUUUUGUUUACAUUUAAAACUAUGCCUAAACAAGCAUUAAGAUAUUGAAGACCUUGUUUGAUUGUUAAUGUACUACAGUCUUUCACUUAGUGUAGUUGUAUUGUUUACUUCUUCUCUUUUGACUUGAUAAAGCCUUCCAUUUUGACUUAGGUUUUUAUUUUUCAUAUUUCUUCCUAGUUUGGUGUAAUGUAACUUUAAAUAAGUAAUAAGCUUUAUAGCACCGAAACCAUUGUUUGGAAUUAAGUACUCUCAAAUCUUUACUUUUGCGAAAUUUCCUUUUUGGCUCAAAUGUUUUUUUGCCUUUUUUACAACCUUUUUUUUUUAUUUAAUGUUAAUUCUGUGUAGAGGAAUCCCAGUGGUAUGUUCAGUUCAGAUCACCCACUCUAAUCAAACAAGAUCUAUUGAAAGUUGCGGUGAAAUAAACAAGUCAUUGAAAUUUAAAAUGCUAUAAUCUUUAUUUUUGUGAAUUUAAAAAAAAAAAAUUUAUUUGAAUUUAUAGUUUGACUUUGCUGUUAUUAAAACCAAAUGCAAUAUUUCUGUUUUUUAAAAUAAUGUAAAUAAUCAUUUAUUCUGCUAGCAUACAUAGUUAGAAAGAAGAGAUAUAAGCACAAUUAAGAAAUAAGUUAAAAGAAAGAAAAAAACCUGUGCAUUCCAGAUAGUUGAGCUAUUUGUACUCGAAAGCAUUUUAGUUUAAAUAAUUCUAAAUUAUUUUUAAAAUUUGUAAUAUAUUAAUGUUAGAUUUUUUUUUAUUUCAUAGAAAAAAAGCAAUAAAGGGAUUAAAAAAAUUAAAAUCUUAAGUCUUAUAUAUAUAUAUAUAUAUGUCUGUAUGUUUAAAACAAGGCACCAGGUUUUUAUCUAUGGCAGGUGUUCCUUAUUUUUUCUUUAAAUAGAUUAAAAGUAACAUCUCUAUUUUCUCCAUUUCAAGUUUUUUUUAUAUUCUAGUUACAAAUUUUGAUAUUAACCCCAAGCAUUAGUAUAAAAGCUUGUCAUUUAUCUAUGACAUAAUUUCUUUUUUCCUGAUGCAUUUUACCAUGCUUCUAAUAAAUACAUUUUAUUUCUUUACUUAUCCAGUGGUACCUGCUUUAUGUAUCACUUAUGUUUGAAGCCUACAUUUUAAUUUAAUGUUUUAAGGUUUUCAAGCCAAAGCUUUUUUCUCUGUAUUAGUAUUGGUUUUUCACGUUCUUUACUUUUCAUAUUUGUUGAUAAAAAAACUAAGUUUGUUAAUUUGCAAUUAAUUUCCGAUUUAAUCUGAAUAAUUGACAAGCUUUAAGCAUAGAAAGAUUACUUUGUACUACUUAUUUACUUCUUUUUUUUUCUGUCUAGUUUCACGUGUAUCGGGAUUUAGUUAUAAACUAGAUUUUGUCAGAUAAUUAUAUCAUGAUUUUAAAAUGUUUUAUGAUGACUUAUUUCAAGUAUUUUUUACUCUGUGGCAUCUCACUUAACUUUAUUUUCUGAGUAUUUACGCUUCACUUACUAGAAUAACAUCACUAAUAUGUUAAAAUUUGUUCAUUUUUAAAAUAUUUAUCUUAAAAUAUUUCCUUAUUAGUUCAUUAUAUGCUUUAUGAAAUGAUCGAUCUUCUUAUUCAGUUCAUUUGCCUUAUGUUUUAUUAGCUAUCAUUUUAAAAUUACAUAUCAUUUUUAUAUAUGACUUUAUACUUUAUUAAUUUUUUUUAGACAAUGGUUGUAUCAUUGUUAUUGUAGUUUUAUCAUUUUAAAUAGAUAUUAUUGUUCUUUGUUUUAAAUGCUAGUCAAAGAAUUUAUUGUUGAUAAAAGGAAAUAAUUUUUUUACUCUUAAUGAUUGGAUUACUUUUAACAUCUUUAAUUUUGGAAUAUACCUCUUUAUUCCAAAAGACAUUUACAUGAGGUUUUGUUAUUUGAUGAUUCAAUAGUAUUGUCUAUUCAUUUAAUGAAUCCCCUUCAAAUUUUUCUUUGUGAUCAAAAAGGUUAUAAUUAUUAUAUAUUUCUUUUUUCUUCUCGUUUUUUAAAUAUUGGUGAGAUCUUUGUGCUUUGCAUUCCUUUGUUCAUUAAUAAUUUUAUGUCUUAUCAUAACCAAUUUUUUUUCUUUGACUAAAAUAUUGCAUUUCAUGUGUAAGUUUCUGAUGACUAAAGUUGCUACUUUAUAGUGUAACAGUUUUCUUUAUUAAAUUGUAAUCCUAUGUAUCAGAAAUGAUGAAUAUAAAAAAAUAUGAUGCAAUGAAAUCUAACUUUAUAAAUACAUUUUCAUUGUAGACAUUCUACAUUUACCCUACAGCUUCCUUAGAACAUAAUUAUUAUUCAUUUCUUCGCAAAUAACUGGGUAUGUAUAACAACCUGUAAUUUGCCCUCUAAAGAGCUCUUCCUUUUCAAGGUGGACACUUUUUGCAUUUACAGUGUAACGUCUCAUAUCCGGACGUCCCUUUUCCGGAAGGAUCGAUUUCCCGGACACUUUUUAACAAUCAAAAUAAACAAACAUCUCUUCAUCUUCCCCUUUCUUUAAAAAAAAAAAAAGAAGUCUUUUGACGCGUUUUCUCUUCUAACUUGCACUGAACCCCUGAUUUAUGCAUUGAACCCAUAAAUCACAAAAGGGAAGAGAAGAUCUACCAAGACCAUUGAGUGACCGUUAGCGACGCUCCUACUCUGGAAUGCAGGAAAAGGAGAUUUCUUUUCAAAAGACCGCAACUGCGUCCCCUCUUUUCCUAUGCAGCUGGCUUGUAAAAGAGGCAUUUCCUGGAACCUUUUUAUUGAAAGUAAAGGGUAAACGUGGCAAGCGUUAACAUGGAGGGGGAGUCAAAAUGGAACAUUUGAAUAGGUCUAAAAGGAUACACGUCCUUGAGAAACAUUCGUUCUUCCCCAUACCAUGCAAUAUUUAGGAGGCGGGGGAAAAAGGGGGUAAUAUUCUUUCUUUAGCAGAUUCUUUCAGUCAUACAAGAAAAAAUAAAGAGAACCCCAUCGGCGUGCCCCACCUUUAUGCUUGAUUGAUAGCCACUGAUUGGAGAGAAAACAAUAAUUUGUCACUUCACCACCCUCAACUUGAAUGAUCUCCCUCUACACUUAUUUUCUUUCACAAAUAAGGAAGAAAUGAAUUUUUCUCCUCCACCUACCCACCUUAAUGAAUGACGGGAAUUUCCCUUUCUUGCUUGAAUCGUUCUAGUUAAAAAUGGCGGAUUAUUAUUUUCAUAACUGUCAAUUUUUUUUUAUUUUUCUAUAUUUUAAGCAAUAACUUUUUUUCUUUCUAAUAUUUCAUAUUUGAUUGAUUGGAUAAUCUAAUACUAGAACAUUAUUCCCCUUAAAAAUAAUGUUUAUUUAUUUUUGCUUCUUAGAUUUAGAUCAUUUUAAGCUUUGUUCCAGAAUGAAGUGAUUUUCCUCUUCCUGCUUGAAUCAUUCUAGUUCAAAAUGGCGGAUUAAUAUUUUCAUAACUGUCAAAUUUUUUCGUUUUCUAUAUUUUUAGCAAUAAUAUUUUUUUUCUAAUGCAUAUUUUAUGAUUGAUUGAUUAGAUAUUCUAAUACUAAAACAUCAUUCCCCUUAAAAAUAAUGUUUAUUUAUGUUUUGCUUCUUAGAUUCAGAUCGUUUAUUAGAUCAUUUGAAGUUUUGUUUACCUUGGGGUCAAUUAUACAAAAAAAUCUAUUAUACAGACUUCUGGAAGUCCCACUGAUUCCGGAUAUGCGACUUUACACUGUAUUAAUAAUCAAGCAAAUAUAAUUUUCAGACUAGCUAUGAGUUCAUGGGCAAAAUAAUGAAAAAAAUACUCUAUGUCUAGGAAAAGAAAUGAGGAAUAAAAGUUCAGGUUCAAUACUUUUUAUAGCUUUUGACUUAUAAGAUUGAUUGUAUAGUGAAUUAUUAAUUGAGCACUUUGUAACACCUAACAUUUCUCAGACAGGUUCACAAGAAGUUAAUAUCAAUUUGUCAGGUAUAUCUUACUUCCAGUUUGUAUGGUAUUGUAGUUUACUGUAUAAGUGGAAGUAUAUAUGCAAUUGACUCUUAUUGUUCAUCAUUAGUAUGUAUCCUCUGUUGUGCAAGAGAUACCUGGUGCAUUCCUUUGUUAAGUUUUAAUAUUUCCAUUGUUGAAGCACAUGAUACUGCAAAAGGCUUGAUUUAAAAAAAAACAAACAUUUUCAUUCUGAAACAAAUUCAUUUAUUUUUAAUUGGCUUAAGAAUAUCUAAGCAUACUGUUAACAUAGCAUGGGCACCAUCAUAUAUUAGGCCAAGUAUUGUUGAUUCUCGGAUUUGCACAAAUACUUCAAUUGCUUCUGUCAUUUCGAAUAUCACACUGUGAUGUUUGUUUGGGUCAUUUUGAAAUGCCACGCUAUUUUCCUUCUAAAAACUAGAAAUAUGGGUUAAAAUCUUUUUUUAUGAAGACAUUUAAAAAAAAUUUCACUAAAGAUGUGUUAAAAAUAAAAUACUGCAUAUUAAGUGCAAUCAACAUUUGAUUAUAUUUAAAGGUAAAAAAGGAAACAGGUAAAAAUUAAAAAAGGAAAAACUUUUUAUUUGAAAGCCUAACCCCCCUGAAAAAAUAAAAAAUUACCUUUGCUUUAUAUUUAAGCAAUAAAAACGUAACCACGAGAAAAAAAAUGUUAAACAAAAAUCUUUUUAUUUCAUAUUUGAAUAAAUGAAAAAAAAUAAUAAAAGGUAAGAACCAGCAACAAUUUAAAAAGAAAACUCCAUCUUUGGUAACGAGAAACAUAUCCAAGACGCAUUUCUGUAAUAACUAAUUGUUUUACUGAAGAACAAUCAGAGUUCAGUAACCUUGGGACAUGCUGGAGAUGAAAGAAAGAGAUGAAAGUUCAUAUCAAUGUCUCUGUGCAAUAACAUGAAAAGAAAUUGAAAGUAGGUUGUUUAAAUGUAUUUUCAGGGUGACAAAAUAACAUAGAUAUUUUUCUUUUAAUUAACUUUUUGUUAGGCAUGAUUUUUCUAGUGAAUAGUCCUGCAAGGUGCAUCACACUUUUCCUUGCAUUCUGCUUUAGAUGCAUAAAUAUGUGUUACAUGUUUUAUUUAAUGCCAAUAAAGGAUAACUAAAUUUUAAUUAUUUGAGAUUCGAUCAAUGAUGAAAAUUUAUAUUCAGAUAGCUCCUCUUUGGCCAGCCAGUAUGCAGUUUUCAGUUCUUUUUUAAUUGAGCUUUAAUUUUUGUAUACUGCUGUUUCUGUACUUUUCCUGAUGAGAAGGACUGCUGUUUUACAAUAAAGAUAGCUAUACAGUGCUGUCCUGGAGCACCAUCAUUAGUUGUCAUGCUCACUUUUCUGAAAACCGUACACUUUUGAAAAUUCAUUCAACUUGUUGUAAAUGUAUUCUUCAUUUUUUGCUUUACAGCACACCUGAAUCAAAUUGCUAUUAAUUUAAUACUAUAUCAAAAAGUUAGCAACAAAAAAGAAUUAUAAAUGUUCAUUUCUCAAUUUGUUAUAAAUUUUUAAAAAAUAACACAGUGUGACCAGUAAUGGUCAGCAAUUCAUUUUCAUUUCAUAAAGUGUGUCUUUGAACAGCCUUGCUAAAAA